CUAGAUAAGGAAGUGAGUUAAGAGGGGAAGCAUCAUGGGAAGGCUGUCUGCAUCAUAACUUCUGCAUUUUUUGACUCGUACAACAUGAAACACGCGGAGUUUGUGGUGUGGUUCCUCGUGCUGCUGCUUCUCCAUGUCGGUGCUCAGUUCAGGAGUAAUGGACGGUGGCCCGUUCCUUACAGGCGGUUUGAUCAUCGGCCUGAUGCAGACUCUUACUGCGAGGCGCUCUACCCGUUCUGUCCCACUGGAGACCGAGACGGGCGGAUUCCCGACAUGAAGGACGGCGACGUCAUCUCAGUUUAUCGACUGCAAACUCCAGUUUGGGAAUUCAAGUACGGAGAUUUGAUGGGGAAAUUUCGCAUCAUGCACGAUGCCAUCGGGUUCAGCAGUUCAGAGACGGGGGCCAACUUCACCAUGGAGUGGUACGAGUUGUUCCAGCUCGGCAACUGCACCUUCCCUCACGUCAGACCCGAGGUGUACCCGCCUUUCUGGUGCAACCAAGGCGCCGCCUGCUUCUACGACGGCAUCGAUGACUUGCACUGGUCACAGAACGGCACCUUGGAGAAAAUAGCCGAAAUCACAGGGAACCAGUUCAACGCCAUGGCCCAGUGGGUCCAGGACGACAACCGGACGGGGAUCUACUACGAGACGUGGACGGUCCGCUCCGACCCCGGUCCCAACGCCACCGUGUGGUUUGAGUCCUACGACUGCUCUCAGUUCGUCCACCGCACGUACAGGAAGCUAACCGACCUGGGAGCAAAGCUAUCCAGUAGAUCGCAAACCAACUACACGAAGAUCUACCUGUACAGCGGAGAGCCCAAGUACCUGGGCAACGACAGCGCCAUAUUCGGACAGCCUGCUCUGAAGAAUCUGGCCGUGGACAUCCGCACGUUUUACCACACGUUCAGACCACACCAGUCGUUUACAGACUUCACCAUCAGCUUGUUGGAGGCUUAUGAAAAGAUCGUUUUGGACAAGAGCUUUUACCUGUACUACAACUUUGAGUACUGGCAGCUGCCGAUGAAGUUCCCUUAUGUGAAGAUUACAUACGAAGAGGUGCCUUUGCCUUAGCAACACAGCUUGUACUAUAAUGUUUUCAUAAAAUGCAGCAGGUAUUAAUUUGUUUUGACCUCUAAAUCUGAUACUAGUUAUCUGAGCAACAGCUUCAACCAGAGUUCAACUAAUAAGCUGUUUAUCCUCUCCUGUGAAUGACAUCAGGUUUUUACUUAAACACUGCUUUACUCACUCAACAAAAAUCUAUAUUUUUGUAAUAAAUGAACAGUUAGUUUCAAGUAGAGUUAGACCUCUUUGGUGUAUCAAGCUUAGACGCACAAAGACAUUAUAAAUAAUUAAAUAGCUCAUCCCCCCCCCCCCUCUCUAAAACCAGAUCCAUGUUUUUGAGACAGUCAGACCUGUAAUAUUUAUCUGAAGAAGAGGAUCAGUGCAUCCCUAAUGAAUACAUUUUGUUUGUUUUUUCUGCUCUGAUUGUCUGAAAGCCAAAGAUAUUGUCAUUAAAAAUUUAAUAUUUAAAAAAAUAUUUAGUAGUGACUGUUUGGAGUUUUUGCUUAUUUAUCAGUUUAAAAAAUAGUUGUAUUAAUUCAAAGUUAACAUUCGGCUCUUGAGACAUUUGACAGAACCUCAUCACUUGAGAUUUAGCAUUUUGCCUUAUUUAUCAGGGGGAGUUUUCAAUGAAUGUUUGAAUAGUAAAUGAUUGAAAGGCAAAAAUGAUCAUUUGCUUAAUAAUUCUUGAUCUGCUUCGAGGUGUGACUAUUCAAAGUUUUGAGCACAUUUAACCCAUCUGAAAUGUGUAAUGUUUAAUAAAGACUUAUUGCAGAACAUGCUGAUUAACAAGCAGUGAAUACUUCAGUGGGAUUUAUCCACAUUUCUUUUUUUUAAAACUUGAAUUCCAAAUUUUAGAAAUGAAAAUUUUUCUGUGAUCUGGAUGAAUAGUGUAAACAAAGAAUCAAGUUAGGUUUUAGUUUAAGAUUUUUAUUUAUGCCUUUAUUUUAGAGAUAGGACAGUGGAUGGAGGCUGAAAUCAGAGAGAGAGUGGGGAUUGACAUGCGGGAAAGGAGGAGUCCAGCCUCUGUACGUUUGGGCGCAUGAGCUAGCCGCUCAGCUAAUGGCACCCCCCAAAUCUUUUUUUUUUUACCACUCAUUUGAAAAUAAUGAAAAGACAGAAACACAGGAGUACAUUCACAAAUGUUUAUUACCAGUAUAAGAUCACAUUUCCAAACCAAUCAUUUUAACUUCAUGACAGCAGUAAAGCAAAGAAGACGGAGCAUUUACCAAAACACAAGUAAAACUAAAUGACAGCAAUAUCAACACCAGUUUAAUCCUAAUAAAAGUUACUGAGGACUCCGAGGUUAAGAUAGCUGUGGUGAAGUUUUCCAAGAGAAGCCGACAGAACAAUGAUUGAAACCAGGAAGAGUAUUGAAACGCAACCUUGACUCCAGAGCUGCUGUCACGGCGAUCAUUGAAUGCACUGCAUGAGUUAUGAAAACUGUAUCAGGAUAUGUUACUGUACCAAUGAGAUGCUAAAGUACAUGAGCACAGACGAUCAACAAAGGUAUUUUAGUGCAAACAGACCAAUCCUAUCAAUAGGCUACGUUAGUUUAAUCCAAUAUAAAGGCUUGCACUUCCAAUCAGUGUGUCUAAUUUAGUCUACGUUAUUGUGCGACUGUUUGAAAUGUCAAAUAAGACGUGAAUGAAGCCACACAGAAAUCAGAUCUGUUGUCUGCAGGUCCUACUGACAUGCAACGUUGUCAAAGGCUUUUGUCCAUUUUAGUUUCCUUCAACUUUUAUGAAGUACAUUUAACAUCUUCUUAAAGUCUAUGUUUCUUAAAUACAUUUAUUUGCUGUUAGUGAAGUACUUUCAAGCGUUGAAGAUUUUAUUGCUAUUUUGCUUCAUGGUAAAUGGACUUUGUUGACACAGCAGCUUAAACAAAAGUCUCUCUUAUUAUGGCCAUUUCUUUUUUUGGGAUAACUGUGACAUGAUCCUCUUUGAGAGCUUCUAUGUAAAA